AUGCAAUACCACAAACGAGUACAUUCACCAUCAGAGUACGAUCUUCUCACGUCCGAGCAUGCACGUAAAAAAUACAUUACCGAGCAGUUUGCGCGCGAAAUGGCGGCCAUGUCGUUAAGCCAACAAGACCAAUGGCAGCACUAUAACCAUUUUACUCCACCACCACCGACGACGACAACUGCUACUAGUGCUAUUAACCCAACCAUGGAUACAACCCCACCAUCAUCACCACCACCACAGCAACAUCUAGAACAAUCACUCAACAAAGAUGACCAAGAUAUUAGCCUUGUGAAGACCAAGGUGAAUGGCACGUAUCUUCCUCUAGAACAACGACCAGGUGAUGAGAGACUUCGGAUACCGGAUUUCAUCUUGCAUCCAAAUCGGAUACAAAAUGUACGUGAUUUUGCUAGGUAUGCACCUCCAGUGAAAUGGCGCUUGGCUACACCUAAUGAGGAAUUGGACGUGAAUCACCCAACAGAGGAAAUUGAAGAGGAUUUAUAUAAUGAUACUACUAGUAGUAAUAGCAACAGUAAUAAUAACAAUGAUUUCAUGGAUGUUGAUUAA